UUAGGAGAAGAUGGUUAAAUUAUACGACAGCUACAGAACUUGUUUGCAUAUAUAUAAAUUUGCCUCAAAUAAUAUAAGCACACCUUUGUGGCCUGGCAGACAUCUUCCAUUGCUUCAACAUAACCAUGGAAUCCGUUUUAAGACGUCAGGUGCUGGUGAGAGAACGUUGCAGGAAAGACAAAGGCAGCUCAUGGCACGAGGUUUGCCUAAACAAAAACCUAUACCAGGAGUCAAAGAGGUCAUUGUUGUUGCAUCAGGGAAAGGAGGGGUGGGAAAGUCAACAACAGCAGUGAAUCUUGCUCUUGGACUUAUGGCUAAUGAUCAGAGUAAAUCAGUGGGUCUUUUAGAUGCUGAUGUCUAUGGCCCAUCUGUUCCAAAGUUAAUGAACCUAAAAGGAAACCCUGAAUUAACAGACAACAACUUAAUGAGACCACUUGUGAAUUUUGGAAUUCCUUGUAUGUCAAUGGGGUUUUUGGUUGAAGAGGUUGCACCAAUUGUGUGGAGGGGUCUGAUGGUGAUGUCAGCUAUUGAGAAACUCCUUAGGCAGGUAGAUUGGGGGCAUCUAGAUUAUCUUGUGAUUGAUAUGCCACCAGGAACUGGAGAUGUCCAACUGACUAUUACUCAGAACAUACCAAUAGCAGGUGCAGUUAUAGUAUCCACUCCUCAAGACAUUGCUUUGCUGGAUGCACGCAGAGGUGCAGAGAUGUUUCGAAAGGUUAACGUUCCGGUGUUGGGCCUGGUUCAAAAUAUGAGUGUUUUCCAGUGUCCCAAAUGCAAUCAUCAAACACACAUUUUUGGCUUAGAUGGGGCUAAAGAGCUGGCUCACACCCUUAAUGUGGAGUUGCUUGGAGACAUUCCACUGCAUCUCAACAUUAGAGAGACAUCAGACAAGGGACAACCUGUGGUUGUGUCUUCCCCAGAUAGUCCAGAGGCUGAGGCUUACAGAAAUGUUGCAGCAGCAGUGAUUCGACGACUGGCCGAGCUUUCAAGAUGAAUGACCUCCAGAUUAGAUGUAGGCUUUGUGAUUUGAGGAAAUGAUCAGUAUUCAGUUUUAAGACAUCUUCAAAAUCAUGCAUCUAUUAUUUAUAUGCCUUCUAAAAUAUAGUUAUUUAUAUUCUCUUUAUGUACCAACAUUCAGUGUGUUAUUAAAACAUGUUUUAAAAAUCA